UUCAGGAACAAACACCCUGACAUACAGUUUCACUAAGAUCUCUGGAGAUACAUGGCUUCCAGACUUUGUUAUAGUAGAGAUGGUGAACGAUGUGCAACUUGUGAGUUUCGACAGCAAUAUCAUGAAGCUGAAAUCCCACCAGGACUGGACAGAGAAGGCUGCUAGUCAUGAAGAGUGGGAGGCACAUACUUCACGUGCUUUCCAUGAACAGAAUUUCUUAACAGAGAGGCUGGGAACUGUGAUGAAUAAAUUUAACCAUUCGGGAGGAGUUCACACGUUCCAGAGGGUGGCUGGCUGCGAGCUGGAUGAUGACGGGACCUCACGGAUAUUUUAUCGGGAUGCGUACGACGGGGAGGAAUUCCUUAGUUUAGAUUUGGAGAGGGAGACCUGGAUUGCCACCAUGCAGCAGGCAGUCUUCUUUAAGCAGAUAUUGCAAGCCAGUAAAGCUUACAUACUCAGCAGUUAUAAAGAGGAGUGUGUCUACUGGCUGAAGAAAUACCUGGAGAAGGGGAGAAACACACUCAAGAGGAGAGUCCGACCCAAAGUGAGGCUAUUGGAGAAGAAAGCUGUUCAACCUGCAGGGUCAGAGGUCACCUGUCACGUGACAGGGUUCUACCCUCGAGAGGUCGAGGUGACCUGGCUGAGAGACGGGCAGGGUCCCCUGGAGGAGGGGGUGUGGAGUGGGGAGGUGCUGCCCAACAUGGACGGGACCUACCAGGUUAGAAAGACCCUGACAGUGAGCCCUGAGGAGCAGGAGAGACACAGAUACACCUGCCAGGUGGACCACGCCAGCCUGGAGGAGAAGAUAGAGAAGGAGUGGGGGACUGGUUCACACACUGGGAUUAUCUGUGGGGUUGUGGUGUCUGUACUGCUCCUGAUCACUGUGAUGAUGAUCGCUGGAGCUCUCAUCUGGAAGAAGAGACAAGCAGGUGCCAAGACCACGGACUACACAGCAGCUCAGACAACUGAACAGAGUGAUGCAUCUUCCAGCUCCUCCAGCAAUUCUUAAGGAGUUGCUGAGAUGCUGCCUGCAGAGAAAGUGACACAACACAGCUGAGCUUCAGCUUUUACAAGAGGCUGCCCAUCACUACUGCAGUGCACUACUUCAUAAUAACAUCACAUUGCAAACGCAUUGCAACUGCAACAAACGCAUUACAACUCCACUAACAACAUGGGGCCCUGUUCACAUGUCAUGUAGACAGUUUUACCUAGAAAUUCACAUUUAAUCAAAUGCAAUCCUAAUUUCUUUCUGUACAUCACAUUGUUAUUUUACUUCACCUGAAUCAAAUCGACUUUUGAAAAUUGUUCACAUAGUUUAAUGUAAGUUUAUUUACUGUGGAGUGUCUGUAUCUACACUGGGCUGGGUGUUUGUAGUUAUUAUUUGUAGUUAUUUGUCUGAAGGGAUUGUAGUUAUUAUUGAAACAGAGGAGCAGUGGUUAGCUGUAGCAUUUAAACAUGUUCUUCAUUAUUUUCUACCUCAAGGGUUUGACCUACAUUGUGGUUGACAUGAACUGUAUAGAAUGGUAAUCAGAUUAUAUGAUCUCCAGAGUUAUUGUACAAUCAAGGUGAUGUUGUAACCCUAAAACUGCAUUGGAAAGGGGGAACCAAGUCAGCUAUCAUAUUACUGUAAAUCCGAAAUGGUCUGCAGUACUUUAUGAAGCUUGAAUUGUUUUAAAUGUAAAUGCUUAAUUACUUUUUUUAUUUUGGUGUUUCGGUUUAUUUUAAAAUGAUGUAGGCUUCAGAUUUCUGUUUUGAUAAAAAAUACUUUUCAAAUGUUUAUAAAAAAAUAUAAGUUGGUGUAAUGUAUUACAGUAUAUUAAAGCAUAAUGCCAUU